ACAAGAAGAAGAAGCUCGACAGUUGCUACAUCUGCUGUGUCGACCUUGGUUCGUUCAGAAUGGCAGGGAAGGCGUGGAGGUCAGCGAUUCUUAAUCUACUAACAAAGUUGGGUUUAUCGAUCAAUGGCAAGGAUAAACUCAAACCACAGGAAUUGUCACAGGUAGUUGGGGCUUUGAAGAAUGAGACCCCACAUUCCAGGACUUUCACCCGUGGGAUUCAGACUGUCACUUUAAUCCCCGGUGAUGGGAUUGGUCCAGAGAUCUCCAAUGCUGUCAUGAAAAUAUUUGAAGCAGCUAAAGCACCUAUUCGGUGGGAAGAGAGAAAUGUUACAGCCAUUCGGGGACCUGGUGGAAAGUGGAUGAUACCUCCAGAUGCCAAAGAAUCAAUGGACAAGAACAAAAUUGGCCUGAAAGGCCCUUUGAAGACACCAAUAGCUGCUGGCCAUCCCUCCAUGAACCUGUUGUUGAGGAAAACCUUCGACCUCUAUGCUAAUGUGCGGCCCUGCGUGUCCAUUGAGGGCUACCAGACCCCCUACACUGAUGUGAACCUGGUCACAAUCAGGGAGAACACCGAGGGAGAAUACAGUGGAAUUGAACAUGUUAUUGUUGAUGGCGUUGUACAGAGUAUUAAGCUCAUCACCGAACAAGCCAGCAAACGCAUUGCAGAGUACGCUUUUGAAUAUGCAAGAAACAAUCAGAGAGCCAGUGUUACAGCUGUUCAUAAGGCAAAUAUCAUGCGCAUGUCAGAUGGACUUUUCCUACGAAAAUGUAGAGAGGCCGCUGAAAAGUACAAAGAUGUGAAAUUCACUGAGAUGUACUUGGAUACCGUGUGCCUUAAUAUGGUGCAGGAUCCCACACAGUUUGAUGUACUAGUGAUGCCAAAUUUGUAUGGAGAUAUCUUAAGUGAUCUUUGUGCCGGAUUAAUUGGAGGUCUUGGAGUGACUCCUAGUGGAAACAUUGGUGCAAAUGGUGUGGCCAUAUUUGAGUCGGUUCAUGGAACUGCUCCAGAUAUAGCAGGAAAAGACUUGGCUAACCCCACCGCCCUGCUGCUCAGUGCAGUCAUGAUGCUGCGGCACAUGGGUCUUCAUGGGCAUGCCAAGAAGAUUGAAACUGCCUGUUUUGACACAAUUCGAGACAGAAAGGUUCUGACCAAAGACCUGGGAGGGAACUCAAAGUGCUCAGAAUUCACAGAAGCAAUAUGUCAGAAAAUGAAGGAUAUGGACUAAAAGGACAUUAAUGAGAUAUGUUUAUUAAUUGUUAGGGUUUUGCCCACUUGACCAUAUCAUGCUGUAUCCGCACAUUUCAACCAAAAAAGAAAAAUCUACUCAGGAGUUUGAGAUCCUGAAUGUUUAAUUUUUCUCUCUGCACAAUCCAAACAACUGUGUUAACAGUGGUUUGUGUAUAUGGAAUAUGCAUACGUGAUUUUCCUGUGUAUCAGUGGUGAAUAUUAUCUAUUUAUUGGUGAAAUGUGUUUAAUGUAUUUGACAAUGGUAUUUGAAGACACAGCCACAAAUUCCACUUGACAAACAAAUCAUAUGCUAAGAAGUCAAACUCUGCUUCACAUUUAGUUGCUUAGAUAAUCCAUCUGUAAACACAUUAGAGAUUUUUUUUACUAAAUGUUUUUUGAAAACUUACUGUUUGCUUAUGUAAUUAUUGUAAAAUUGGUAUUACACUGACAUCAGAAAUGCCAUAAUUUUUAUUCAGUGUUAUUCAAAUGACUCUGAUAGCUGUUAUAACUGAUUUCUGGGUAGAAGCAUGUCUUUCUCAUCAAUGUUAUAAAGCACUUCCACCAAUUUUCCUGUCAGGCAAGAUGAUUGGUAUCAUUUUAAACAAGUCAAAAUCAGUGUUGGCAAGGUAAAAGUUGCAUUAAAAUGGUGUAACUUUAAACUUAUUAAAUAAAAUAUCCUUUAAACACUA